UCAGAAUGCUAGCUAGCUAACGUUUUAAGUGUGGAAGUGAACGACCGACGCGGUUAAAGCAAAGUAUUCUGGGGGCUUGUUUACGUGUUAAUAGGUUGAUUGACGUUAAGUACCAAUUAAAUUUCACAACUGUCGUGAACACAAUCUGCUAAUUAAUUACGAGGGCUAAAACCUACAAUAGCUAAUUUAAUUCAACCGUUAUCUACCACUCUGACUAUUAAAAUGCCUGGAAGAAAAGCUCUGCUGCACCGCUGCCAUCCACAUUACUUGGACUGAUUUCAUCUCAUUAUCUGGCGCCAAAGUUACUGUUUCCUCCGCUGACUAGCAGCUUCUCUGCAUAAAGGUGAUCGUCGCGUGAAAUCAGGAGGAGGACUCAAAAGCGAGGCUGCUGGGCCUGAUUCUGGUUCAGGACAACAAUCUGAUUUUAGACUGAAUUACCUGCCGAGUUGAACGCAUAGAAGUCUGGGUUCAUGCCGGAUUUCGAGCACUUCAGAUUUUCCUACUCGAGAAUGAAUCCGGUCCUGGGAGAGAGCGGCUUCCUGGCCCCGCAGCAGCACCACCACCAGAUGACGGGCCAGACCGACUCCGUCAUCCCAGAGCCCAGUUACUUCCUGGGGGACCACGGCGGGUUCGGUCCUGAUGGGUCGUCUGGGCUGGACCUGGGCGCUCUGCCGCCGUCGGGCCUCGCCUACCUUCACUUGAGCAGCCCCCUGCACCGCGUGCCUCCGGCGGCCACGGCGCUGCGCAACGACCUGGGUUCCAACAUCAGCGUCCUGAAGACCCUGAACCUGCGAUUCCGCUGCUUUUUGGCCAAAGUGCACGAGCUGGAGCGCAGGAACAAGGUGCUGGAGAAGCAGCUGCAGCAGGCUGUUGAGGAUAACUGCGGAGGGGAUGGACACCAGAAGCCGCUGACCAAAGAGAUGGGGGUCCAGACCGGAUUUAUUGGGCCUAUUCCAGCCAGACCAGGUCUCAUCCCACUACACAAUGCCAACAACUCGGCCUACCUGCCUGGUGGCCUUCUAUCUCCAACCCUGAACCCUCCCCCUCUCUUUGACAACAAGUACCUGCAGGGGAACAAUCUCAACCCCAUCGGGGUCUCCACGGAUUCAAACUCCAACCUCACCACAUCCGGUUUCUCCAUCAGCCCUGCCCUGAGUCCCAGUGACCCGUCCAAAGCCGUCGCCAACAUCAACGAGAAAAACACCUCUCACUCCGGGACCAGCACCAACAGCGCCCCCCCUCCUCCUCCGCGCUUCCUCCCCGGGACGAUCUGGUCCUUCAACCAUACCCGCCGGUUUGGCACCGGGAGGGAGUCGUGCGUCACGGGCCCCGGAGUCUCCUGGACGCACCCGGAUGGCGUCGGGGUCCAGAUCGACACCAUCACACCUGAGAUCAGGGCCCUGUACAACGUGCUGGCUAAGGUGAAGAGAGAAAGGGACGAGUACAAAAGAAGAUGGGAGGAAGAGUACGCAGCCAGAAUGGACCUGCAGGAGAAGGUGGCUGAACUGGAGGAGGACCUGCAGGAGAGCGAGGUGUGUCAGGACGAGCUGGCUCUCAGGGUGAAGCAGCUGAAGGCUGAACUCGUCCUCUUUAAAGGACUCGUCAGCAACAACCUGUCAGAUCUGGACUGCAAGAUCCAGGAGAAGGCCAUGAAGGUGGACAUGGACAUCUGCCGCCGUAUCGACAUCACCGCCCGCCUCUGUGACGUCGCCCAGCAGAGGAACUGCGAGGACAUGAUUCACAUGUUCCAGGUGGCCACGCCCCCUUCCACUCUGAACGGCAGGUCCAGGAAACCGAGCGGGCAGUCGACGAAGGGCGGGGACGUAGACGAACUGAGCGUGUCCGAGAGCGAGGGAGGCGGGGCUAAAGACGACGAGUCGGGCAGCAUGUCGGCCAAUCAGAUCAACGAGCAGAUGCAGAGGAUGCUGAAUCAGCUGAGGGAGUGUGAGUUCGAGGACGACUGCGACAGUCUGGCCUGGGAGGAAACGGAGGAAACUCUUCUGCUCUGGGAAGACUUUCCUGGAUACCCUCUGGGAGUGGAAACACAGGCAGAGCUGCAGCAGCAGGAGGAGUCCAUCGAGGACGUGAUUAAGGACACCGAGUCUCUGUUCAAAUCCAGAGAGAAGGAAUACCAGGCCACCAUCGACCAGAUAGAGCUGGAAUUGGCCACAGCCAAGAGCGACAUGAACCGACACCUGCACGAGUACAUGGAGAUGUGUUCGAUGAAGAGAGGGCUGGACGUCCAGAUGGAGACGUGCAGGAGACUCAUCACGCAGAGCGGAGACAGGAAGUCCACAUCGCUCAUCACGCUGAAUGUGGACGACUUGGACGGCGAGGAGAAGGACAGGAAAAAGCCCGCUCUCCCUGCUGACUCUGAGAGCAGCGAUCCUUACUGCGACGCCGCCAUCCCUCCCCUGACCUGGAGGAAACCCUAACACACACUUCACACACUGCUGAUACUCACAGCGACCCUCCGCCUCCUUCUCCGCCUUCUCCUUCGCCGCCUCCUCCUCCGCCUCCUCGAGUGCUGUGAAAGAGCAGGAAACCAUUCAAGUUGUGUAAAACUUCAGCAAAUCUAAAAUUGUCUUUUGUUGUUGACUUAAAUUAUUUUAAAACCGGCACAGAUAAAUCGUCUUUUCCUGAUCUUUAAGCUUCUAUGAUUUUAACUGCUCACAAACAAAAGUUACACCAACUUUAGUAAAGCUGGCAUAGAGUCAAAGAUUUGAACCUUGUCUUAAAGAAGAAAAGGUCACUGCUGCCCUCCUGUGGUCAUCAGCUGGAAGUGCAGCUCAGUGAAGGUCAAACAGGACAAAGUGCACUUGACGAAGACCUUCACGGAUUCUGUUUGUUCAUCACACAUUUCCUCUUGACGUUUGAGCCUUUUGUCUGCACUGAGUGUGUCAGGCUGCCUUUCAGCUGCAGGGUCACUCGUGUCCACUGGGAGGCGGUGAUGCGCACGGAAAAGUUUGCACAGAACUGAUCACUGAAGUGUGACUCUUGUAUUUGUUCUAAUUAAAUGCUUGUUUUUUUCUGUA